AUGCAUUAUUCUGUGGAUGUUGACAUUUCAAACACAGAGAUCAAAGAAGAAGGACCGCCAUCUCCAGUUCAAAACUUUCUGGAGCAGGAAGGAGUUGCAGACUUAGCGUUUCCUUUUGACGAGAACUUCAUUCCGGUCGCAGAAGGUGUAAAAGGUAGAAAUACUUUUUUCCUUACGACUUUGAACUGGUCGCAAGUAGGAUGUCUCAGCGCGUAUCGGCUGCGCUCAUUUCUCAUACCGACAGCGAAAGCCGCUUAGAAGUCGGAUACACGUGGAUUGCUUAGCGGCCGUGCAGCUUUUACCUAUUCCCAUACAAGAAAGCGUUUUGAAAGAGAGCGGCUCAACUGUAUUCUCAUUUUUCGAAGUUAAACCAGUAGAAUAUUUGAUAAAACUUUCAAAAGAAGUCAACUUUUCAGCAUGUUUGUAUAGAUGCAUUGUCGACGACACGAUCGAUCUUCUAAGCGUCGGAAAAACGUUGUGGGCCCUCAGAAAUGCUGGUGUUUUAUCAACUGGAGAUUAUUGGGUACAUAUUUCAAUAAAUUUCGUCAAUUUAUACAAGUUAAUCAAGGACGCGGUGGGUGAGCUUCGCGACAAGGUUCGAAAAACUUCGAUGGAGUCGAUUCUCGACUUGCUCACAUGUGGCCUUCCCUCUGCCGCAACAGUGAAUGUCACUCUAUUCCAGAACCUCGGACAGCAGUUCUAUGUACGAUUUAGUUUCACUGAGAAAAUGAAACGAUCAUUUCAGAAUGAUUGUCUAGCCUCGGCGUUUGCCAACCUUGAGCAGAAGCUUACGCGGUUAUCUAGGACCGCAGCCAACUCAACUGGCCGUCCACUUAAAGGGCCACUCAAUCUUUGCAAUGAGAUAAUUAUGCUUCAAAGCGAUCCCCCAUUCAAGGUUUUUUGGACUAACAUGUAAGGAUUGAAAACAAGCGGACCAAUUAGGGAAGAAAACUGUCGAUUCGAGGCUGGGACCGCGGAAACGGAACUUGUCACGUACAAAUGCACUCUCUGAUUCGACACGUCUUGAAAGAGGUUGACAAUUCUUUGAAAAAAAAAAAUAUAGAUUCUUUGCUAGUUUGAGAUUUUAUUUGAUAGAGGUCUUUGGUGUGAAUCAAUUUUAGCUUUGAGUUCUUUCCAAUAAAACUUCAACUUUUCAUGAAAAAAAUAAUCUUCUCAGAUAUGCAGCCCGCCUUCUGAAAUCAAAAAGUACACCUUGCGAUUGAAGCAAACUGGGAGAAGGAAUAGAGAUUUGAUCGACGUCCCUUCCCACGUCGUCUCAACUCUUCAAGGUGUUCUGAACUUACCCACAGAGAAUUCAAGAUUUUGAGUUUUAAGACUUCCUAUGCGCUUCUUUUGGCUUUCCUAAUAUCUUGAAUCGAGAUGAUUUGACUGCAUCUCAGAUCAAAGAACAACAUCCGCAGUAAGACCCUUGGUUUUGUCCGUGAUAUAAACGCAUGUUGCUCAGAUUAUGGAAUGCCCUCCCUGGGAGAGAAUCAGAUAAGCCAAUUGCUUUGGAAGAAUGCCGAUUUCAAUACGACACUUGGAGGAACAAAAUGGCCAUUGAUGCUUUACAACGGGUUUUGUAAGCAUUAUUUCAUGAACAUCUUUUUAAAAAUUUAAUUUCAGGACAGAUUUACGGGGAGCCAAAUGCAUUUAUAAAAACGGCAAGUACGAAUGGGAGUUGAAGGUAAAUGAAUCGAAAAUCUUCUAGACAUAAUGGUGAAAAUUUCAGGCAAAAAAGGUGAGAAGAACUUUUUCGACUUGUUUCUAGAGAUGCACUACUGGAUCUUCUCGUUCUAGUUAAUUCGAAGCUUUAUCACGCCUCUUUAAGGCGGCCGGUCGGAUUACGGUAGUCAGGAUAGGUUUUCCGGUAAUAAAAUGAAAGCGAAAAAUCAAAAACUUUUCCUGGCCCUGAAACUGACGGCGCAAUAUUGGCCGGCCGCCGUAACACUGUCUUAACAUGCGUGUUUUAGAAAAGAUAUUAGUGUUUCCUUGAUUUCGGAAAGUUUUAUGAAAUAGUUAGAAUAUUUUGCCCCAAGCUUCAAAUUCAGAAAAAUGAAGGAGCAAACAAAUCUCCGAACGCGGAUUUCGAAAUGUACAAUGACAAUGGAAACGACAAUGACGAAGAAAUUGACGUUGCGGGGCACAGUUGAAUCUCUUUUUUUCUUCGACUUUCGUUUGUAUAUGAAUAAUAAAUAAUUAUAACAAAAAUUUUUUUACGCCUUAACAUCAAAAAUGAACACACAAUUUUUUUAUAAAAAAAUAUUGAAGAUCGAUGAGAUCUUAUCUUUAAAGAAAACUAGUUUUACAAUUAUUUUCUCUGAUUUGGUCGGAGCCUCGCUAAAUUUCUCUCGAUUUUGGUGUACGGUAGCAAGUCGGAGCGUGACCACGCGCACGGAAACUGGAAAAUCAAUUUUUUUACGCGAGUGUCUGAUGGUUGUCAUUUUCUGCUGAAUCCUGUGUUUAUUUCUCCAAAGCUCAACUUUUCUCCGAGGUUUAUACAAUAGAAGUUUUCUCAUGUUUUGUGCGAAUCUACAAGGGUUUCAAUUAAAUUAUUUCAGAGAACUUUCAACAACUUCGACUGUUGUAAUGCAUCCUAAAGUACUUGUGAAGGUUCAUAUUUUUUCAACCUCGCUGUGAUGUAAGUAUUUUUGUAGGUUUCGGUGGGCCAUGAGUCGUCCAUGUUAAGCAAAAAAACAGCCGAUGGACACACUCAUAACUGGACAGUUUUUGUGCGGCCAGGUAAUAAAGACCUAGUUUUCACCGAUAACAGGUUUAUCACUAAGGUUUGUUAUUUUUUUUGUUUUUUUAAUUUGACCUUGUAUUUAGGUACGGUUCAGUCUUCAUAGCAGUUACCAAAAGCCGACCAGAGUCGUUACAGAACCUCCCUUCGAGGUUCAAAAAAAAAAAAUGAAAAAUAGUUUUGUGUGACCUUCCAUAUAGGUCUCCGAGACUGGAUAUGCUUCUUUUUCACCAAAUAUCACUAUAUACUUCAAUUCUCCUGACUCGAAGCCUCUCAAGUUCCCAUAUGACAUGAACUUAACUCUUGGUAUAAUAUUAAAAAAAGAGAAGUAAUUUUUUUUUAUUUUGAAGAGAAAACUGGCUAUCAUGAUCAGGAUAUGAUCUUCGAAUUGAAGGAUCCAUCUGAUGAAUUUUAUGAGCAAGCUAAAAAGUAAGACUUUAGUUUAUUAUUCUCGAAACUUUUGAAUUCCAGGUACUGUGGGGAGAUGAAGAAAUCGAAAAGAAAACCCGGACAGGAAGAACAACCACCUAGCAAGUCAAAGAAAAGGCAGGACUUUGACAUAAAAGUUAACUGAAUCGUAGAUUUUAGAAAUUCUCCAAAGCUGAAGGACGAUAAUGACCUAUAUUUAUCUGAAAGCUCUUCAAAAAGUGAGUUUUCAAAAGUUUUUGAGAUUGAAAUGGAUUUUCUACAGACAACUUCAAGUCUCAAACCAAAUCGAAGUCCAGAGAAAAAUCGAAAGAGGUUUUUGGCUUUUGAAAUUUAUGUCGAUUCAAUCCAAGUUUUUUUUUUCAGGGUUCUGAGUUUGGUGAAUAUUCAAGGGACCUCUGUGAAGAUCUAACGAAGAAAAUCAAUGAAGUUAAGGAUGAGGAUUUAAUAUUUAGGUUUUCAAACAGAAGAUUUCGACAAAAUAAUUUUAUAUUUUAGAAUUUGUGAGCUUCUGAUGGUUUUGCCGUCCACUUCGCUGUCAGAGACAAAAAUGAUGCUGAAUUUUGACCUCAGCCAAGCAGAUAAUGCACUUUUGAACUUAUUAUCCGGACUUCUCUCAUCGUAA